AUGCCAGCCCUCCCGGACAACAUCGAUACAGAGUGGCCAGGUUGGACCCUCGGGGUUGGGAACGGAAAUGGAGAUGGGGAAGACUCGAAGAUUGGACAAUGGAGUUCGCUUAUAGGCAUCAUUACUGCCAUCGUCGGCAAUGUCCUGAUCGCUCUGGCGCUCAACGUCCAACGAUACUCGCAUGUUCAGCUGCACAAGAGGCGCAACGAAGCCAGAGAGCGUGCGAAAGAGGCCACGAGGAGGUUACAGCACAAUGACGGUCGUAAUAGCUAUGGAUCACUUGGUGUAUCCUCCGAAGCUUACCGCGGAGACGGACUCGACGAUGACGACAAUGCGCCCGAGUCACGACCCCUCAACCCAUCAUUCCAAUCAAGCGAUUCCGGAUGCACAGAAGGCUCCGAAGACGACUUCAAGGUCUCAUCCAACUACUUAAAGUCACCGUCUUGGUGGCUGGGUCAAUUUCUAAUGACGGUGGGUGAAAUGGGCAACUUCUUGGCCUACGGCUUUGCACCAGCCUCCAUCGUGUCUCCUUUGGGGGUCGUUGCCUUGAUAUCAAACUGCGUUAUUGCACCAUUGUUCUUCGGCGAGCGCUUCCGCAAAAGAGACUUCUGGGGCGUUAUCAUUGCCGUUGCUGGCGCUGUGACGGUUGUGCUGAGCGCCAAACAAGAGGAGACAAAACUGGAACCCCACGACGUUUGGGAUGCCAUUACAACUACCGCGUUUGAGGUCUACCUGGGCGCCACCAUUGCCUUCAUAAUUAUUCUGAUGUGGGCUAGCCCCCGAUACGGCCACCGAACGAUACUCAUCGAUAUCGGUCUGGUUGGAUUAUUUGGCGGCUACACAGCUCUGACAACCAAGGGUGUGUCCUCGAUGCUUUCGGCCACUCUUUGGCGCGCCUUCACAACACCGGUGACGUACGUUCUUGUCGCCAUCCUACUAGGUACUGCUAUUAUGCAAGUCCGCUACGUGAACAAGGCGCUCCAAAGAUUCGAUUCCACCCAAGUAAUCCCGGUCCAGUUUGUACUAUUCACCUUGUCUGUAAUUAUUGGCAGCGCGGUUCUGUAUGGAGAUUUCGAGCGCACAAAUACCGAGCAAGCCAUCAAAUUUGUUGGUGGUUGCCUGCUCACCUUCUUCGGCGUGUUUCUCAUCACCAGCGGCCGGCAGCCUCGCGAUGAAGCGGACGAGCUGUCAGAUGACGAGGGUGUAGAAGAGACCAUAGGUCUGAGGGAUCAGGAAACGCCCGGCUCCCAAGGAGGGAAACCAGUCGAAUAUCAGCAACAAUCGGGCUCAAUCCGGUCCUCACGGCGCUCGUCUCAUGCAUCACGCAUUAGUUUCGCCGACCCAGUACGACCCCUGAGCGUCCAACGCAAUUCGGGGCUUUUAUCAUUCCGCAGACCUGAUACUGCAACGUUGAAAUCACCUGUGCACACACCAACCGAGUCAUCGCCAAUGCUCAGUAAUCCAUGGAGGAACUCGACAGAUGAACGCCCGCCACACCCAGGUCUACUACCGACUUUUUCUGACCAUAGUGUCGUCACAAUGCACUCGGUGACAUCGGCCAAUACGGACCAUAUCCCAUCUACCACCAGCCUCCCCCCACCAAUCAUCGAGCCACCAUCUCCGCGCCAGCCGACAACGCCUCGGCAAUCCUUCUCAUCAACACGCCCGCACAUCCAUCACUUCAACAACACCUUCAUCUCGCCGUCCCCACUCUCAUCAACCGUGAGCGCCGUUGUAUCUGACGCCCUACUCAGGGGCGAGGACAGUCCCAUACCGCGUAGAAAGUCGCUACAGCGCACGAGACCCAGUAUCCGGUCGAGCCUCUUCGUUUCGCAAGACUGCGGUGAAGAUUUCAACCACAGCGACCCUCUGUUACACCGGAUCGCGGAGCCAGACACCGAGGCUGAAGAUGCCGGGUCCGGCGAGCAUAGGGGCUUGAAGGGUCGUGCCCGAAGUUUUAGUAACACGCUGGGGGGGCUCUUCGGCAAGAAGCGGCGGCGGCGCAACACGAAUCCGGAGACGGGCUUGGUCUACAACGGCAGCCAGGAGAGUGGCCUUUCGAGCGGCAGCGGGAUUGGAAGUGGAUCUGAUGAGAGGGAGGAACGGAGGACGGAACCAUAG